CCGGUCCAGUAGGGCGGAGGGGUGGGGGAGAAUUCAUUCGAGGGGGACGUUUUAAAGGGAAAGUCGCCUCUUGCAAGCCGGGCGGCUGAAAGGCGAGUUUUCCGAAAAGGCGGAAGGAGCGUCCGGAGGGUUUUUCUACAGCGGCAAAGGCCAUGGCGGAUGAGGAACCCCAAGAAAGAUACCUGUUUGGUGGUGCCUUUUCUGCUCGUCUUCCUCCUGGAAGUCUGGAUAUCAGUGAAAUGCGUCAGGUUCCUGACAACCAGGAAGUCUUCGUUCACCCCAGCACAGAUCAGAGCAUCAUUGUGGAACUGCUGGAAUACCAAGCAGGGGUGGCGGAUGAAAAUGCUGCCAGGUUCCAUUUUGAAGACAUUGCGGGCAAUUCGGCCAAUUCGGAGAUUUUGAGCCAAACCCAAUUUGCGCCCGCUCUUCUGGCAUUCGAAGGCUGCAGCAGCUCCUGGCAACUGGCAGGCCACCAGCAGGUCGCUAAAUUCAACGAGGAGGCCAAAAACGAUGUCGCUGUGCAUUUGGUGCUGCUCCGCCUCCCUCAGUACGGAACGGAUCUGCUUGUCACCUUCAAUGACCCCACCUGGAUUAACCCUCUGAGUACCAGUGCUGCGCAAAGCACAGAGGUCCCUUUGUCCCUCUCUCGACCUCCUUGGACAGUGGAGCAUUUCCACGCUUUCGUGUGUAGCCUGCGGCUCCUGGAUCCUGGUCUGUUCGGUUAAGACGCUUCUCUGUCUGCUGAAAAUCCAGCUUUGCUCCAUCCCGGCCGUGAUCACAGGGCCGUUCGGUUCAGAGGCUUUCUAGAUGAGAACGCCGGUUCCGAUAUCUUGAUCUUCUUCCUUCAUCCCUCGACGGAAAAGAGGACGUGGACGCUGAAUGCCCAAGGACGUUCUCCUUGUAAAAAGCAAACUCAGGCCAACUUGCUUUGCGUUAGACCAGUGUUUUUCAAACUUGACUUUAGCAUGCCUGGAUUUCAACUCCCAGAAUUCCCCAGCUAGCCAUGCUGGCUGAGGAAUUCUGGGAGUUGAAGUCCACGCAUCUUAAAAGUCACCAACUCUGAAAAAAAAACCAUUAGAUUGUAGGAAGGGUAGUUCUACUCACCUCUCCAACUAUUUCCUAGUGUUCUUCUACAUGUGAUCCAAGGAAACUGGGGUUACCUACCUUCUGGAUAAUUCACUAGAUUGCAAUCUAGCACUCAGAAGUGUUUUUCACACUCUCUGUAAUGGAAGGAGCAUGAACCACAGAAAUAAUGUACACAUCAACUGCCAAAGAGAUACUUUUUAUUUGGGGUAGCUGUAUACCCUCAGAUGACUAAGAAAAGAAAAGAAGAUUAAGAAAAGAAAUGUAAAAACAGAACGUAAUUUGCUGUUAAGCAAGAUUGCUCCUUCCUGCUUCUUUUUUUCCUUCCUUCAAAUUCCAUCUCUUCUAGGCUUUACAUGUUUUGUCAUGAAAUUUGAGGUUGCUUGUGCAGUUGAGUUUCGGCCAGAUUGUGUCCUUGAGUGUCAAGGGACACGAAGGCCAACUGGGAGUAGUAAAAAAUAAAAUAAAAUCAACCUUUGAAAA